UGUCAAGUGUCAUUGUCAAAAUCAAAAUUCAAAAUUGAAUUUACUUGAAAAACAAAAUCCUGUAAAAUAUUUAAUUAAAUUACACUUGUAAAACAUUUUAUUAGGCAUUGACUCUUGACUAUUAUAUAUAAUAGAGUAUUUCACUUUUUAAAUCACGUCAAUUAACGUGGCGACUCUUUAGUACCAUUGUAUUCAUUAAAUACUGCAUUUACUAUGGCACAAAAUAUUAAAAUCUUACCUGGGGCUACGGUAUGUGAAGAUUGUACACUAGAGGGUGACAUUACUAUUGGCGGUGGCACAGUAGUUCAUCCAAGAGUCACCAUCAUUGCAGAAGGAGGACCCAUUAUUAUUGCAGAGUAUUGUAUUAUUGAAGAAUAUUCCACAAUAAUACACAAGAAAAGCGAUAAACAAGAGAACCCUCCUAAACCUCUCUUCAUUGGGGCUCACAAUGUCUUUGAAGUUGGCUGCAAGUUGGAGUCACCAUUUGGGCAUAUUGGUGAAAGCAAUGUUUUUGAAUGCAAAUCAUAUGUUGGUGUUGAUGUGAAAAUUGGCAGUGGCUGUGUAAUUGGUGCAGCAUGUCAGUUGACAGUACCACAAUCAUUACCAGACAACACAGUUAUCUGGGGUUCUGAACACCACAACAGAGAAGCAUUGGAGAAGCAGCCAUCACAACUUUUACAACUUGAUUUUCUCAGCAAAGUUAUGCCUAACUAUCACAGAUUAAGGAAACCUAAUUUACAUAAACGUCAACCUUCAAGGCCAUCUCAAGAGGGUGCAAAAGUAUAAAUGUUUAAAAAGAUCUUUAGGCAUAAUUUUAUUAUAUCCUCUCCUUUCAAUGAGGUCCUAUGGCCUGGGCUGUUAACAUAGGCUAAUAAAGAUGAUUAUAGGUACUUAAGAUAACAUAAAAAUAUUUAUUGCUUAAAUAAACCUACUUAAAAACUUCA